GUUCAAUACACAAGGUCAAGUACUUUGACCAGACUACAGAUACCACCUCCUACGGUCGAACAAAAUCGGGAACAACUAAGAAACAAAUCCUAUUGGUUACAUAUGGACGCAGCGGCUCCACAUUCACGUCUGCUCUCAUCAACCGCCAUAAGGACGUGUUCUUUGUCUUUGAGCCUCUGUUUGUUUUGGAAAAGAGUAUUUCACUAGACACGAAAGAGAACGAUUCCAUGGCAAUAGUCAAAGCCUUUAUGGAGUGCAACAUUCCUACCGAGUACAGUUUUGCGCUUGACAACUACCUGUAUCGUAACAGCGAUACCACCAGGAACUUUUACAGAUGUAUGGCAUCUUUGAAGAAAGGAGCUUUCCACGUCUCAUGUUUUCUACAGUUGUUAGACGCUUGCAGACGACAGCGGGUCACGUUUGUUAAAACCAUUCGUUUCCAGGUCAAGUGGGCGGAGGCUCUGCUAGCCAGAAAUCCAAAUUUUAAGCUGUUAUAUUUAGUAAGAGACCCUCGAGCAACACUGUUCUCUCAAGCCCGCGUGUUUCGAAAUUUCAACUGGAACACCCAGGUCUUCAAUAUCUCUCAGCAACACUGCACUAACCUGCAGCUCGAUCUUCAGGAUGCUGAGAGACUCUACCAUCUCUACCCUGGCCAAGUCAAGGGCAUCCGGUACGAACAUGGGGCCACGGACCCUCUUACCUACACCCGAGACAUUUACAAGUUUAUUGAUCUUCCAUUUGAUAAUGACCUCGUAGAGUACAUUACGAAUAUCACAAAGGCUCCAAUAGACAGUCCAAAAGUCAAUAGUUCUUAUAGUGUGCUAAGGCAUAACUCGACACAGACAAUGAACCGUUGGCGGUUUAUGGUCGGGUUCAACAGUGUUCGAGAGGUAGACCAGGCUUGCGGACAUCUCUACUCUAAGCUAGGAUACAGAACAGUUGCGUCUCAAAAGCAUUUAGUGUCUGAGAGUUCGUUAGUUAUCUCCCCUCAGCCAAGUGGAAUAUUCUCCUAA